GAAUAAUUAGGUGAUUAGUGGAGCACAGAAUUUCGCCUUCGAAUUUUUUUCAAAAAAGUGAUGAGUCGGAGAUUAUUUUUAAAUAUUUGAAAAUGUAAGGUUUCUUACUUUACAAAUUCCACAUUAUAUAAUGCAGGCGGACGAUUUAACCGAGCAACUGUUAGAGAGGACUCGGCAGCGAAGGGCUAUGCUCAACCAGAAGUUGGGGAAGACGCCCGAUCCUGCUCCAAGGAAAAGAGUUCUUGAGGAUACCACCAAUAUGCCUGUUAUAUCAGCAGCUGUUGACGAUGAUUCACCAAAAAGACAGUGUACUUGGGAAGAUAGCAGCAAGAAGGCUGAUACCCCGGCAAUUCCUAGUGUGAAAUCGAGGCUAAAUGCUCUUUCUAGUGAAAGAAUGAACUGGUCAGAUACAAAUUCAGCAGAAAAUGAAUUGCCCCAGCAACCUGUGUUCGAACCUCAAUCAAGCCCAGCAUCAUCCCCAGUGAACAGGAAGUCCAGAUUUGCCAAGCUCGCUCAGAACCUAGAUGCCUUUGAAUGUGACAUGUCUCACCCAACCAUCAAGAAACAAGAAGAAAAGAAACCAAGAUGGCAGCCACCCCAGCGUGAUAGCAACCAGCCAAAUCACGAUGCUCGAGACCGACAUGUCUCCUCGCCAAAAAAGGAAUACGAGCUGUACCAGGGACCUAAAAGGAUAAACCACAACAGUGGUCCCGGGCCAGCCGCUUCGCCGAAAAAGAAGGAGGCCCCAGCUCCGCCCCCUGCCCCGCCUGUUCCACAGGUUGCAUCAGGACCCCCUAAACCACCUCGUGCACCAUCCCCUGUCAGGGCUGCUUCCCCAAAAAGGACUCCAGCACCAAGUGCUCCUUCAGGAUCCCCAAAAGUGAGCAGCCAUACCAUUCAGCUGCAACAGCCGCAUUCAAUGGGAUCCCCAAAAUAUACCCAUCAGGUUCGGACUGUGACAAACCAUGUUCCAGUGAACCGAAAGGCGGAGGAGCAGUCUACGUCGGAAGAUGAGCCGACUAGUAAGCCAAUCAAUGAACGGUUGGCUGGUUGGAAAAGGACGGUGGACACGCCCAGCAAGGGCCCUGCUGUCAGUGAUCCGACAGAAUUACCUCUGUCUGAAAGAUUUGCAGGCUGGGAACAGAGGGUUUCACAGACACCAAAAUCCAACAAUGCGUCUGCUAAUCGUAUCACAGCCACGCCCAAGCAGACAUUCACACCAGCCCAGGCUACAACAUGUAACCAGGAUGACCCUGCUGGGAAGCCUGUAUCAGAUAUCAGGGCUAGCUGGAAACAGCAGGACGCCAAGAACAAUCCACCCAGGGAGUCCGAGCCCACUGCUUACUCGGUUACUGAUAGAAUGUCUGCAUGGGAAACUAUGACGUCUGCAAAUAAGGUCAGUUAUAUCAAAAAAGUGGAUCCAGGCUCGCCGAGUCAUUCACCAACACGACCUGCCGGUAGCAUGAAACCUACUGGCACCCCAAAUAAAGGCGCCACGUGGAAGCCUUCAGGUACCCCUAACAAGGGUUUAACUCCUCAGAAAAGUUUCAAAGACAGUAUAGAGGAGAAGGCUGCACAGAUGGGCAGAAAACCAUCGGGUAGUGAGGGAUUGCCACCUCGACCUCCUGCUGGUAAUACAAGAUCACCAGUCAACUCGCCAAGUAAAAUGAACCAGUCUCCUAUACGAGGUAACCAGUCUAGCCCUACCAAGACUGGUUCCCCAAAUAAAGUAGGAAGUGCUACUAAAAGCUUACAGCAGAAGAUUCUUGAACAGGUGCAGUAUAGUAAAACAGAUCAGUUGGCUGAUAAGAUCCGACAGGAGAGGAUGGCCGAGGUGAACGCUCUUAACAACAGGUAUCACAACGGUAUACUACGAGACGACCGGGAACUUCCCCCACCUACUGUAGAACAGACCUGCCCACCCCCUGCACAGACUGUUUCUCGCCCCGGGAACAAAACUGACAAGAAAACUUCAAUCAGGGAGAGAGCUAGGGAAGAUUUUAACAAAAAGCUACAAGCCAUGGGAUUUGAACUUUCAGAUGAAGGCGAGGCUUCGUAUAAUUUCAAAAAUGGCCAUGGUCAGGCAGUAGCCAGUGACAAGCAAGCAGCAUCGGCCACCAAGAAGCCGAGUAUUUAUAGACUUGUAUCAAAGAAAUGUAAGGAACCAGAGAGACCUGUGAUUAAACAGAAUUCAACGUCCUCUCUCAAGAAGGUUCAGUUUCGGGAACAUAACACAAGUACUGAGAGCGACAGUAGUACGGACAGACAUGAGGAUCAGUGCACAGAGACUGAGGGCGACACAAUGGACGAUACCGACGAUUUUGAUCCACCCUCUGAAGAAAUUCAGUCCGAGACCCAGGAAUCAUUUGAUGACUCUUAUAACAGUGGAUCUGAGUCGAGUAUUCCAGAAUCUUACAGAAGUCCUACAAAAAGAAUGACCCCACAGCAGCAACAACAGCCUCGUGCUGCAAGGUCUCGUGAACAGUUAACAGAAGAUGAAGAUAUUAGUAUGAGCGCGUUUGUUCCUGCGUCUGUACGUAGAGAGAGCAUGCUGCCACCGAGACAUGAUGAUACAUCGAGUAUAACCAGUGAGGACAGUAUGGAAUAUGUUGAUACUGACCAAAGUAACAGAAACCGAGAGAGGUACCCCUCACAGGAGAGCAGUGAAGCAGAACAGACGUACAAAAAGCAGCGUAUAGACAGUGGAGAUGACAGCGAAGAUGAGGAAUGCGACCGUGCUGAGAUGGAUGACCUUCUAGACGAGGCUAUGGACGAUAUCUCUGAAGUUGAAAUGAGGAAGAAAGAUCCUCAACCAUUGCCGCGUAAGCGAAGAAGUUACAUGCAGGCCACAAUGGAUGGCAACGUAAACUCUGCAGAAACGGUUCAGAUGCGACCAAAGACGAUGCCGCCUCAACACACUGAUAACGAGGUACAAUACAGAGCCAAGAGCGACGGACUGGCGUACAGUGUUUCCAUGUACAGGAGUAACAGAUGUUAUAUGGAACACAGCAUAAUUAUGCAGUUUUUCCCAUGUAAUUCUGGGGUACAAAGUUUGGAGUUACAAGAGUUGGUGAGGUCACGCAACAGAGUUGUGAUUAUGCAAACGAGUAAUGCUCUCAACAAAUGUUGUUCCGGUGAUUCACAGUUUGCCGGUUCAGCCGAGCAGGUGGAAUGUAACCGAUUAUUGUUGGUGUCUUGCCAGAGACGGCAGGCAUACCUGACCGGGAGAGUGCAAAGAUUGAAGGAGACAAACAUGGAGAGCCCUGGCGGUCCUACAGCCGUAAGAACGACCAGUUUUACCCUGAUCACGUCACUGCCUAUCACAAUGAAAUCACUGGACAAAAGCAGCUUUUCACUUGAGAGGAUACCUUUCCUCUCACCACUUCACGGAAUGAUCUACAUGCGACUUAAGUGUAUGAUGGAACAGAAUGUGGAGGAGCGGGGAUUCCUCACCAUGUUUGAGGACGUGUCCGGUCUAGGAGCCUGGCAUAGACGAUGGAUUGUACUCGCUGGAAACAAACUCUGCUUCUGGAAAUAUCCCGAUGAUGAACAGAGAAAGGAUCCUAUGGGCAUUAUAGAUUUGAAGAGGGUAAUUACGGAGAAAAUUGGUUUGAUACCACGAGAUAUCUGUGCACGACCUCACACAUUUGAGUUGGUGUCUGUCCGUCCACCAAGAAGAGGUGAACAAGACACGCUCGUCACCAAAACCUACAACACUAUGACUACUACAAGGUUCAUGUUGUCCGCCGAUACAAAAGAAGAGAGGAUAGUAUGGUGCAAUAAGGUCAACCGUGCCCUCGCCAAUCUCCGCACGUGGCACGCGGACGCAAUGAGGCCGAUCAAGGCACCGAAAUAAACACUACUGUGCUUUCAUCAUAUAUAGACUAAGCUUAAAUAUAGACUCUUGUAGCCGAGACAAUGACAAUGCUGAUGUACUGUUACAAAUAGGUGUAUGCCAGGAUAGCAUUUGUAUUGUAUUGAAAAUCAGAAAGAGAUCUUUAAAAUGCGAAAGCAACGUUCAAUAAUUGGCUUUAUUUAGAAGACCAACAAAAUUUAUUAUCUUAAAACCCUAAUAUAAGUGGAUUAUUAUAUUGUGAGCAUAGGAGUUGAUGCAUUUGUACUAGAAUUUAACAAGUUUGCUUUAAGAGAAUUUUUUGUGUGCGAUUUAUACAUAAUAGGUCUUUAAGAUUUGAUGAAAGUAUGAGUUAAACAAUUCCUUCGCCAUAUGAUACUGUAUACUUAAAAUGCCAAACAUCUUCAUUUCUAUAUCGAAUAAGUAGAAAAAGUGUGCCAAAUAACUCACAUUUGUGACUUGGUAAAACUUGUUGAUGCCAUAUUAAGAAGUCAAGCUGUACAGUUUUUGUAAUGGUGUGUCAGUUGUCUGUCGAUUGUGGAGAAUAACACUGGCUGUGUAUGUGAUAUUAUUUUUUAAACGUUAUACAUUAACACAUUGUGUAAGUUAUAUACUAGGUGAUGUUAAAUUAUUAACUUGUAUUUUUUAUAAUAUGCUGUGCAAUCGUGCUUUGAAAAUAAGGGAAAUAUUUACUAUAAUAAUUAUCUUUGCUUUUGGGGGUUUUCUAUAAACAUGUCUAGUGCAUUAACCAAUAAUUAUCCGUAUUAUAUUUAUCCAAAUUGUAUUCUAAAAAUCUGGUAAAAGGGUGAUCCCUCUGAAUGUCUGUAUCUCGGGGCUUGUAUUUUAAAAUUGAAUUGUAUAUGUUGACAAUAUAAUUCUGAACUUUGCAGAAGUAUAUGUAUUAUAAAUAUAGCACAAUUGAACAGAAAUCAAAAUGUAUCAUUGAGUAGGUGUUGAAUUUUUGAUGUAAUUCUGAAUACAUGUAUUUCUUUCUUGUGAUAGCCUUUGUGUAUAUAUACAAGUAUUUUUUAUCUAUCGUUUUUUUUGUUUUGAAGAUGUAGAAAAUUCUUAAGUGUAGAUAGAUAUAGUAAUGCACAAGUAGUUCAAAAACAAGGAUAGAUUUUGUCUUUGGGUACUCCGUGGCUGAGUGGUUAAGUUUGAAUCUGUAAUCCUUCACUGCCUUGAGUUUGAAUCCUGCACAGGACUAUUGAA